AUGGCGUCGGCGAUCUCCGAGCGAGUAGAGCUCGCCAAGCUUUGUACCUCCCGGGAUUGGUCCAAGGCGAUUCGAGUUCUCGACUCUCUCCUCUCCCAGUCCUCUUCCAUUCAAGAUAUCUGCAAUAGAGCCUUUUGUUACAGUCAAUUGGAGCUUCACAAGCAUGUGAUUAAGGACUGUGACAGGGCGCUCCAGCUCGAACCUACGCUUCUUCAAGCUUAUAUACUGAAAGGUCGUGCCUUUUCAUCAUUGGGCAGGUCCAGUGAUGCUCUGGCAGCGUGGCAACUAGGUUAUGAGCAUGCUCUACACCAAACAGCAGAUCUUAAACAAUUACUAGAGCUAGAAGAACUUCUUAGAUUUGCAAAGCAGGAUCAAAGUAUUAGUUCAGAGAACCAUGGCACUGAAUCUAGAUCAUUUGUUGACACUGCUGAUUCUGGACAGCUUACAAAUGGCAAGUCAAUGGAUGUUCUUAAGAACCAAAACAAAUUAAACGAUAUCUCCAAUAUAUGCAAUGGGUCAAGGGAGGCUUCUGAGACUGACAGCAAGUAUGGUGACAAUUCAAAAUUGCAAAACGGGACAACCAAUAAGGGCGGCAUGAGAUCUCUGAAUUCUUUACCUGAAUCAAGACCGUCUCUCAAUGGCAAAGCAAGUGAAGCUGAUGCAAGCCCCAUUAGAUUGAGUGACCACCCUCAAACAUGUAAUGAGCUAAGAGAUGUUACUGAUGUUGGUGGGAGAUCUGAGGGGGCUUCUUAUCCAAAUAAUAGGCUAAACGAUAAUGCUGGAAGUGGCAAAAAGCCUGUAAGCCAGACAAAUGGAGCACUUGACGUUGUCCACAAACCAAAAAGUGAUACUAACAGUUUCAGUGAUUCAAGGAGUCGCUUGUCUGAGUUUUCCAGUGGAUCAUCAAUGAUUUCUAGCAACUCAGAAGGCACAAGUGAAAUUCGAGGCAGGUCAAGUAAGAAGGCUGAUGUGCAUAAUGAAGCUAGUGAUGAAGCAAAGGGUAACAAAAAGUUCUGUGUAACUAGGAUUUCAAAGACCAAGUCUAUAAGUGUAGAUUUUAGACUUUCGAGGGGAAUAGCACAGGUUAAUGAAGGGAAAUACUCUUCUGCUGUAGGCAUUUUCGACCAGAUACUUAGAGAGGAUCCUAAUUAUCCUGAAGCACUCAUAGGGAGAGGCACAUCUUAUGCAUUUCAGAGAGAACUAGAAGCUGCUAUUGCUGAUUUUUCAAAGGCUAUAGCAGUAAAACCAUCAGCUGGUGAAGCAUGGAAGCGGAGGGGACAGGCCCGAGCUGCACUAGGGGAAUCUGCAGAGGCCAUUGCAGACUUGACCAAGGCAUUAGAGUUUGAGCCGAACUCACCGGACAUAUUGCAUGAAAGAGGUAUUGUAAAUUUCAAGUUCAAGGAUUUUUAUGCUGCCAUUGAAGACCUUUCAACAUGUGUGAAGCUUGACGUGGAAAAUAAGUCUGCCUAUACAUAUUUAGGUUUGGCAUUGUCUUCAAUUGGUGAACAUAAAAGAGGAGAGGAGGCACAUUUAAAAUCAAUUCAACUUGAUCGUAGCUUCCUUGAGGCAUGGGGUCAUUUGGCGCAGUUCUACCAUGAUUUAGCCAACUCCACAAAGGCUUUGGAUUGCAUUCAACAAGUUCUUCAAAUAGAUGCAAGGUUUGCGAAAGGAUAUCAUUUGCGAGGGCUGCUGAUGCAUGGAAUGGGUGAACACAGGAAAGCUAUCAAAGAUUUGUCUGUUGGGCUGACCAUUGAGAGCUCAAACAUUGAGUGCUUGUAUAUACGGGCUUCCUGUUAUCAUGCUAUUGGAGAAUAUGCAGAGGCGGUGAAGGACUAUGAUGCUACGUUAGAUGUGGAACUAGACUCCAUGGAGAAGUUUGUGCUUCAAUGUUUGGCCUUCUAUCAGAAGGAGAUAGCUUUGUAUACUGCCUCAAAAAUCAAUACUGAAUUCUCUUGGUUUGACGUUGAUGGUGAUAUUGACCCUCUGUUCAAGGAAUACUGGUGCAAAAGAUUGCAUCCAAAGAACGUCUGCGAAAAGGUUUACAGACAGCCACCUUUGCGUGAGUCUCUAAAGAGGGGUAAGCUUAAGAAGCAUGAUUUUGCUAUUACAAAACAGAAGGCAGUACUUCUGGCUGCUGCUGAUUCAAUUGGCAAGAAGAUUCAGUAUGAAUGCCCUGGCUUCCUUCCAAAUAGGCGACAGCAUCGGAUGGCUGGGUUGGCUGUUAUUGAAGUUGCACAAAAGGUGUCAAAAGCAUGGCGUUCCUUACAAGCAGAAUGGAAACAUUCAAACAAAAGUUCAUCCAAGAAUGGUAAAAGACCAAGGAGAAGAAUCAAUGUGGCCAGUCAGAAUAGGGGUGGUGCUGGUUGUAGCACAAGCAGUGGCUCGGAAACAUCAACUUCGUAUAGCAUUACAGAGGACAGGUCAUCCGCCCGUUACAUGUUAUCAUGGCAUGAUCUUUAUUCCUUGGCUGUUCGGUGGAGACAGAUUUCUGAACCCUGUGAUCCAGUUGUGUGGAUUAACAAGCUAAGUGAGGAAUUCAAUUCUGGCUUUGGCUCUCACACUCCAAUGAUUCUAGGGCAAGCAAAAGUUGUUCGGUACUACCCUAAUUAUGAAAGGACGUUACAGGUUGCAAAGAAUGUGAUGAAGAAAAAACUAUAUGUCUACAGUAAGAAUGAUAAUGUCAUCGACAUAUCCGAAGAUGAGAAGCUGCAUGAAAUUAUGGUUGCAGAAACAUGUUCUGAUCUUUACAGAGCAGUUGGUGAAGACUUCUGGUUGGCUACGUGGUGCAACAGCACUGCAUUCGAGGGGAAGCAACUUGAGGGGACAAGAAUCGCCUUGGUGAAAAUGGGAGAGCUUGGGUUUGACUAUGCUAUCAAAACCCCUUGCACACCUUCUAGGUGGGAAGAUUUUGAUGCAGAAAUGGCAAUGGCAUGGGAUGCUUUGUGCAAUACUUACUGUGGAGAAAAUUAUGGAUCCACCGACUUUGAUGUCCUUGAGAAUGUUAGGGCUGCGAUGCUAAGGAUGACAUAUUACUGGUACAAUUUUAUGCCGCUAUCCAGAGGUUCAGCUGCUGUAGGAUUCAUCGUUUUGCUGGGAUUACUUCUUGCUGCAAAUAUGGAGUUCACAGGACAGAUUCCCAAGGGCUUGCAGGUGGAUUGGGAAGCCAUUCUUAAUUAUGAUCCAAACUCCUUCGUGGAUUCAGUCAAGAGUUGGUUGUACCCGUCUCUCAAGGUCACGACAUCUUGGAAAGAUUAUCCAGACGUUGCAUCGACUUUUGAGACCACAGGGUCUGUUGUAGCGGCUCUCAGCACUUACAACGAUUGA